AUGGCGUCCUACCUGGCCUCGAUCUACGGCACGGAGCAGGACAAGGUCAACUGUUCGUUCUACUACAAGAUCGGCGCGUGUCGGCACGGGCCGCGGUGCUCGCGAAAGCACACCAAGCCUCCGUUUUCGCAGACGAUCCUCAUUUCGAACGUGUACCGCAACCCGCUGCACGACCCGUCGAUCCCGGACGAGGUCAAGGCGGCCAAGUCGCGCGACGAGCUGCAGCGCGGCUUUGACGAGUUCUUCACCGACUGGUUCGUCGAGCUGGCGCGGUACGGCAAGCUCGUCGAGAUGCACGUGUGCGACAACGUCGGCGACCACCUCAUCGGCAACGUGUACGCGCGCUACGAGUGGGAGGAAGAGGCGCAGCGCGCCGUCGACGCCCUCAACCAGCGCUGGUACGACGGCCGCCCGCUCUUUGCCGAACUCAGCCCCGUCACCGACUUCCGCGAGGCGUGCUGCCGCCAAAACGAGACCGACGAGUGCAACCGCGGCGGCUUCUGCAACUUUAUGCACCUCCGCUACGCCUCGCCGCCCCUCGUGCGCGAGCUGCACCACCAGCUCUCGGUCGAGAACCGCAAAAAGCGCCAGGAGGAGAAGCUCAGCAAGCUCGGCUGGAAGGACCGCCUCAAGAUGCAGGAAGAGGUCGAAGGUGACCUCGUCGUCGAGGGAGGCGGAGACUGGAGAAAGGCUCAGAGCGGCGGAGACUGGAGAUCCUCCAACAGGGGCGGCGAGGGCGACGGCGAGGGCGAGGGCAACAGUGGAACAGGAGGCGGCGGCAAUUGGAGAACGGAUGGGCCCGACGAGGCAGGCCAGGCUGGUGGUGCGGGCGACGGCGGUCCAACGGCGACCCAGGACAGAGACACCGGCGAUGCCGGCACAACAGCAUAG